UUGCAAGUCAACUCGUGUGCUCUGUAGCUGAUAGAGGCACCUCGAGCUGAAAUAUUAUAGCUCUAUUGUACCGGAGAACGUGGUGUGACAGCCCCAGGGUUCAGCAAAUGGCCUGCCUCGUAUCGCCGCACUGACGGGAGAGUGUCGCCACAUUGCUGUUCAUGCUGGCAGGGCGACACUGAAAUCAACUUUGUCUAUUUUUAAUGGACACGCUUCGAGCGGCGGCGGCGGCGGCGGCAGCAGAAGCAGCAGCAGCGGCGGCGGAGGGUGGUUUGUUUUCCUUUCGUCUUUAUCUGUAGCUGCUCAAGCAAGCCCCGUGUGAGCCCCCCGUGUGUCCCCUGCUCGUCUGGCUACCUCCUACUCCUCCACAAACAGUCCCAUUUAGAACAGCAUGGUCAUGGCUGACAGUGUCCAAAAACCGCUGAUUCGGGGUCCCGUCCGAGUGGGCUUCUACGACAUCGAGCGCACUUUAGGAAAGGGCAAUUUUGCUGUCGUGAAGCUGGCUCGACACCGCAUUACCAAGACGGAGGUGGCCAUCAAGAUCAUCGACAAGACCCAACUGGAUGCUGUCAACCUGGAGAAGAUCUACAGAGAAGUUCAGAUCAUGAAGAUGCUGGACCACCCCCACAUCAUCAAGCUGUACCAGGUGAUGGAGACGAAGAACAUGCUUUACUUAGUCACGGAGUAUGCCAAGAAUGGGGAAAUCUUCGACUACCUGGCAAAGCAUGGCCGUCUCAGUGAGCUGGAGGCCAGAAGGAAGUUCUGGCAGAUCCUGUCAGCGGUGGAGUAUUGUCACAACCGCAACAUCGUCCACAGGGACCUGAAGGCUGAGAAUCUGCUGCUCGAUGGCCACAUGAACAUCAAGAUUGCAGAUUUUGGAUUCGGGAACUUCUUCCAGCCCGGGGAGCCUCUGGCCACAUGGUGUGGCAGCCCACCUUACGCAGCUCCGGAAGUCUUUGAGGGCCAACAGUAUGAGGGUCCACAGCUAGACAUCUGGAGUAUGGGGGUGGUGCUGUAUGUGCUGGUGUGUGGUGCGUUGCCCUUCGAUGGGCCCACUCUGCCAGUGCUUCGACAGAGAGUCCUAGAAGGAAGGUUUCGCAUCCCCUACUUCAUGACUGAAGACUGUGAGCAUCUGAUCCGCAGGAUGCUGGUCCUGGACCCAUCAAAACGUCUAUCUGUGGCCCAAAUCAAGGAGCACAAGUGGAUGGCUCUGUAUGCUCCUGUACAGAGGCCUGUUCUGUACCAGCAGCCUCUGUCUGCUGAGGGUGAGGCAGGUGUGGGAGAGUACAGCGAACAGGUCCUCCGCUUGAUGCACAGCCUUGGAAUUGACCAGCACAAGACUAUAGAGUCUCUGCAGAACAAAAGCUACAACCAUUUUGCUGCUAUCUACUACCUUCUUGUGGAGCGUCUCAAGGCCCAUCGCUGCAGCUUCCCUGUGGAACAGCGGCUCGAUGCCCGCCAGCGACGGCCAAGCACUAUCGCCGAACAGACUGUCGUCAAGUCAACCAGUGGUUCAGCCCAGGUGGGUUUGCUCCCUCAGGGUGUUCAUCUGUUGCGCUCCCCCGCUGUGCCCCAAGCCUCCUCCGUUGCUUUCACCUUCCCCCAGGCUGCAUGCCCCCUGGAGCAGAAUUUCAUGGUGGAGGACGUCAACACACCCAAAGUGAAUGGCUGCCUGCUGGACCCCCUGCCUCCCCCCACUGUCCUCCGCAAGUCCUCCACCUCGUCACCUAGCAACAUGAUGGAGACGUCAAUUGAUGAGGGCAUUGAGACAGAAGAGCCCGACACAGAGGAAGAUCCUCCACACCUGCUUUCGGCCUAUCAGACAGCUCGGUUCGGGCAACGGCGACACACCCUCUCUGAGGUGACCAACCAGCCGGGGCCUUCAAACCAAGGCAAAUUAUUCACUCUAGGCCACAACCCCUCCAUGGGCAGCGUGGACUCCGACAUCGGCUACGACAUGGGCUCCGUGCACAGUGACCUCGGCCUGUUGGAGGAUCCUCCCUCUCUCAGUGAAGUGGUACCAGCAAACAGCUCUGCCCCCGGAGUUUCCCCCACAGCUUUUUUGAAUGCAAGGCCUGCCAACCCACAAAUGGCUGUUCUGACUUCCCAGCACAGGGAGACCCACAACCGGUCCCCCAUCAGCUUCAGAGAAGGCCGCCGAGCCUCCGACACCUCUCUCACCCAAGGUCUGGUUGCGUUUCGGCAGCAACUCCAGAACUUGGCGAGGACCAAAGGCAUCCUGGAACUGAACAAAGUCCAGAUGUUGGUGGAGCAGAUGGGCUCUGGGGAAGGGGCCGCCAUGGGCCCCCUGGGACCACAGCACCACUUGCACAACCUCCUGGAGGGUGAGGCAUCCAAGCAGCAGGAGGGUCUAGCUUUAUAUCGAGGUGGGCCGCAGCCACCUCUCCUGUCCCGCAGACAGAGUUUAGAGACACAAUACCUCACUCAUAGACUACAGGCCAACGUCUUGGCAAACAGUCCCGCUAGCUGCCAACUUUUCUGUAAGGACACUCGAAGUUUAGAGCAACAACUGCAGGAACACAGACUGAACCAGAAGAGGAUGUACCUGCAGCAGUCACAGGGCAUGGGGCUGCAGGCCUACUUCAACCAGAUGCAGAUAGCUGAAGGUUCCUACCCAACGGGUGGCCCUGCUCUGGACCGGGCAACAUCUCAGAGUUCCCCUCAGGGCCCCCCAAUGUCAGCCGCCCACCAGCCUCAGCCCCAGCAGCAGGGCAGUCCUCAGGCCUCACCUCCCUUCAGCCACCCUCAUAGCCUGAGCCCCUUGAUGGAACCGAGCGAGGGCCUUGUUUAUGAUCCCUACAUGAGCCACCACCACUACACCCAACACCUGCCCCCCGGAUCUCACCUCCACCACCAGCUCCAUCAUCCACUGCCUCAUGAAGCCUCCGCCAGCAGCAUGGGCUUCAGCUACUCUGCAGGCUGUGAGCAGCAGGCCCUGGGCCCCUGCUCUGAGGGGCUUCACCCAGAGCAGUAUGACUUCCCUCUGGACCCCAUCUUGUUGCCACCGCCUGCUCCAGGAGAGGCUGAAGCCAGAGCUGUGGGGGGGGUAUUGGCUGGUUCGGGGCAGUCAGGCGGCCUGGGUCUGCCUGAGCUGCAGGGCUCCCUCCUGGACAGUGAGAUGAUGGAGACCGUGGACUCCCAGCAUGGCUUCGUACUAGUCAACUAAUGCCUGCUGAGGAGGUUCAUAGAAAGCAGUAUUAAGCAAUGAGAACCUACAGUGCUGAGAGCAGAGAGAAUGGAGAUAUAAGUGGAGGUCACAAGCGUAGCAACAGGGAAGGAAAAGUGUUAAUUUUUGUACGACUAAUACAAACUUCAUUUCUUAGUUGUGAUGAACAGACAACCUUUCUACCACAAUCCUCCCUUAGCCUACCUCCCUUUCUCCUCCCCUUCGUCUGUUGUAGUUGUCAUCAGCUCUGUGAGGCAGGAACAGGUCUGAUAUGUGGCACAAUGUGAGCUCCGCCGCGCUGACUUGGCAAGGCUGCUGUUGUCACGGACGUUGUGACACCUGUGAGGACUGCGCCAUGCAGCCUGGGGGGUGGGGGGGUUGCUGCACAUCCUGGAGGCUGCCAGAGUGCAGCAUCUCACCUAGAAAUGGUUUGGAAGUGAAAUAAUUUAGGACUGACUGUCAGAUAAGGACAAUGGCUGGCAGUGGUUUUUGUAUUUAAAAGGACACCAUCAACAACAAUAGACUAGUUCUCAAAACACUUGUGCAUUUUUUUUUAUUUCAGUAGAUAAAAAAUAAUUGAACAAGAGUAAAUGGCCCUCAUUUAUCAUGGUACAAUUGACAUCACCACAAAUUCAAGUGUUAAAAGUGUUUUAUAAUAAUGAUUUCACACACGUAUGUGAGCGCCAAGGCUAACUUGAUGGCUGUAUCCAUGAGUGCAAAGGCUUUAACACUAACAGGUAGCAUUUUUGCCGAAACAAGCGUGCUUAAUGAAGCACCAGGCUGUGGAGUAAUGCACCUUUUAGAAGCGCUUAAGUCACUGAAAGUAACAGAUGCACAGGACAUAAUUCUGUAGCUGCAGGCUUUUGUGUCAUGUGACAUAAAUAAUACCUUUUUUUGGGUUUUCUUUGUGUUUUUAGAACUACUGAUCCUGAUUUAUUUUGUACACUACUGAACUGCUUUUUUCCCCACUUUUCCAUCAGAUUGCACACACAUGCCGGGUCUCAUUAAACUCAUAAAAUGAGGAUAAUUGCCAGUUUUGCAGGUGAAAUGGCCACACAUCUGUUUAACAAAUGAAUUGUGGGUCAUGCAUUUGCCUGAUAAAUGAGGGCUGAUGUAAUUAACGUGUGUUUGGUUGAGAAGUAGCGGUGUUUUAGACAGUCAAUAUUAUUCUAUUUUUGUGGCAAUACUGAAGCAAUAUUAAUCCUUGAUGUUGAGAGAUUAUGAAUGGAAGCCUCACCUGUACAGCCAGCUCUGAUUUGUUCCCGGGGACCUCAGAGUCGUCAGCAGUGACAUCACUUGAGCUGAUGAUGUAACCAGGAGAUAAUCCCCCCCCCCCCCCCACUCACCCUGGAAGGGUCGAGCGUGGAGACCGUUUUGUGUGUGUGUGCGUGUGUAUGUGUGCAUGCAGAAGAGAGAGAGAGAGAGAGAGAAGGAUGUAUUUGCACAAUUCAUACUUAAAAAAACUGCCUCCAUCGCGUCAUUUGUCUGAAAAAACAAACAAACACUGUAUUGACGUCUCCAUUCAAUAACACAAAUUGUGCUUUGGUGCACAGUCGUAGCGUUUAGAUUAAUUCUGGUUUACAUCCUCAGUGCUCCAGUCAUGCCUCUGUGCUGUUAAUGAUGGAUCAUGUUUAUAAUAAUAAAACGACCCCUUAAAGAUUCCCCACAUUAGAGUUCAUGAAAGAAUGUUUCUCUCUCUGACACUGGAGCCGCUGUGAGACAAAGAUCAGCAAAACAUCAAUCAGCUGACACUGGAUUUUGACUACAGGCUCACCACUGCUCUUUGACCUACAGCGAACCAGCAACAAGAGAGAUCUUUUUUUUCUUUCUUUUUUUUUUUUACAUCACCUAGACUAUGUUCAAUCUACUUGAAGCACACAGAUGUAUCCUCUCUGCCAGAUGUUUUUUUUUUUCUUCUUCAAACUAAUUUUCAUUGGAAUAACAAGACAGCCAACAUUAGAGGGUUCGAGAUGAGAUUAUUGGACUGUGACCAUCUGUCAGACUGCUUGACCUUCGGUGGUCGUGGGUUUAACUGUCAGAUUAGCCGUCAAAACAAGACAGUCGCUCUCAGUCUGUAUACUGCACCGUGCAGAUGUCUUAGAGUUCACAAUCAGACUCUAAAGUGGUGUGACUGAGAGUCUUUACAGUUGCAGUUAACAGUCUUAAAUGAUGGCUAGAAAAAGUGGACCAACUGCGGUUGCAGUCCUGUGCAAGACAAGGAAAAAUCCAUCCUAAAAUGCUUUUAGCACUGUUGUUUUUCUUGCAUACCUCCAUAGAAAAUGGCGAACAUAUUUAUUUAUUGAUUGAUUGGAAAACAAAUUUAACAACAGCAAAACUAUAUCAAAACAUCUCUUCACAAACUCUUGCAUAACUUGUGCAGUAGCAUCCAAGUGUCUCUGGGGCAUCUGGUGGUUUAGUGGAUAAAGCAGGCGUCUCAUUUAUGAAGACAGUGUCCUUGCUGCAGUGUGGCCGGGGGUUCAAUUCCAGCUCAUGGCCCUUUUUGCUGCACGCCAUCACUCUGUCCUAUCUAUUAAAGGCAAAAAUGCCAAAAAAAUAAUCUUUAAAAAAGAAAACACAAAAAGCCUUAGUUUUGGCUUUGAAAGGAAAGUUUCGCUUUCAGUUCAUUUUUAAAUUGUAAGGUUUUAGUGAAAUGUAUGUUUGGGAAGCACUGAACAUACGACUGGAUAACUGAGACUUGGAUAUAUAGUGAAUGAGUUUGUAAACAGAUGUUUUGAUACAGUUUUGCUGUUGUUAAAGGUGGUCCUCUGUCAAUCAUAUCUUCACUGUGUUCUGUGGCAUGCGAGCAAAACUAAGUUUUCUUUACAAAUUCAAGCUAAUAGGCCAUGACUAAUUGAUAUACAAAUGGUCAUUU